AUGGCACCAGACCGUAACAUUGAUUUCUGUAUUGAUUUAGAGCCAGGUGCUGUGUUGAUGCAAGAAAUAAAUGUUAUUGCUUAUGUUUUGAGGAAAUUGAAGCCCAAUGAGAAGAAUUAUCCAACUCAUGAUUUGGGGUUGGCUGCUGUGGUUUUUGCUCUUAAGAUAUGGAUGCAUUACUGGUAUGGGGAAGUCAGCAAGUAUGGUUGUUUGGCUUAUUUGAAUGCUAGUAGGCGUUCGUUGGCUAGAGAGAUUCAGACUCUAGCUAACAAGUUUAUUCGACUUGAGGUGACUGAGAGGGGAGGGAUUCUAGCCAGAAUUGAGGCAAGGUCUACAUUUCUUGAUCAAAUCAAGGCUAAACAAUUUGAGGAUGCUAAGUUGAGCAAGAUUCGUGAUAAGAUUUUGCAGGGUGAGGCCAAAGAGGUCAUUUAUAAUGGUGAUGGUGUAUUGUGGAUUAAGGGGAGAAUUUGUGUACGGGAACCUAUUGCUAUUCUUGAUAGAGAUGUUCGUAAGCUGAGGACUAAGGAGAUUGUGUCAGUGAAGGUCUAG